GUGACCAUAUGUCUUUACAUCCGGGUUCGCAGCGUACGUAGCAACAGUUUAGAACAUAACUCAGAUGUUUUGUUUAGCACAAACAUGUCUUGCUUGUUGUAAAUUAAUAGCCCAGCUAUGUGCGAGUAACCUCACAAUAGACACACCCAUUUGCGGAAACAUUUCCUUGUAGUAACUUCAUUGAAAUAUGACUCUUACUUAGUCAUGCGUGUCAACCAAGCCUGACAGAAGACUGCAGCACUUCCCAGCAGAGUGAAGCCAAAACACUACAAGACUGAAAGCCAAAUACAUUAACUGCAAACAUGAAGGACAAAGUGAGGAAAGGAACAGGAGGAAGAAAUCAAGCCAAGGCGAAUGACGCUAUCAGUGUGACUGCUGGCAAAGAUGCUGCUGCUAUCAAGCUAGGAGAUGACACAUCAUUCUCUGUCAAAAUCAACGGAGCCGGAGUGGAGCCGUUUGAGUUCCAGGUCCAUGGGUUUUGGCUGGUUCAAGAUGCCAUAACGACGUUGCUUUCAAGAGAUGAGGUGUCCCCACGCUCCAACCUGUCCCUGGCCUUUGCUGGAGCAACUCUGGACCCCCUUGCAGAAUUGCAAAACCUCAAGGGAUUCAAGCCUGGAACCGUCAUCCGUCUGGUUGAGGAGCCCUACACUGUCCGCUCUGCUCGGCACCAUUUGGCUCGAGUCCUUGAGCUGUUGAGGACAUCUGGUCCUCAGGAUGCAUUGAGGGAAGGACGUUCACCAAGUUUACUGGAGACACUUACACAAGCACAAACAGCAGACAAUAGCUUACCAAAUGGAAGGAGCUUAAAGCGAUCUGCAAGCAACCCAAAACCAGAAGCAGCCAACCAUGAUGCAGCUCCUCCUGAAAAUCUACUGCCUGGUUCCUCUGACAGACCGCUAAUGGCUCUACUACCGCAUAGCUCCCAACCAGAGGUCCCAAGCUACCUCAAAGACCUGUCUCUGAGCUGUUGGGACCCUCCUCCAGGACACAGGAAGCUACAAGGAGAUUUCCUGUACAUCACUGUGGUGACUUUAGAGGGACAACGGCGUGACAUCACAUCUUCUCCAAAAGGUUUCUUUGUCAACAGAUCUACACAAGAAGCAUUUGACCCUCGUCCUGCCCAAUCAUCUCCAGUGUGCCACUGCUUCGCUGACCUGCUCAGCCAUAUCAGUCCUGCCUUCCAGCUAGCUUUUAGUAAAAAUAGGCAUCAGACACCUCAAGUCGAGAUGAUGCCUACUCCUUAUCAGACCCUGUGCUGGCUUGGCCCCCCCUGUGCGACCCGCACUCACAGAAAAACCUUCAGCAGGCUAGGGGUAGAUGAGCAACCAGCAAGCCAGGCUCCAGACUGGAAUGAAGAGCUGCAAGCAGCCAAAGAUCUUCCACAAACAAACCAAGAGGAGAGGCUCCAUAGGGAAAAAGCUCUCCUACAGGUAAAUAGCGCAUUUGUGAGGACAGUGACCCAGGGGGCGGAGUCUGUGGUAGAAGGCUUUGCAGAGCCGGUCAAUGGAAACCCUGCAGACCCAGCAUUCCUGUUUGGUGGCUUGUUCAUGAGCCAGGGUGCAGCCAGUGCAAUGUUUGGUGGGGAGAGGGGCCGCAGGGCUGCUCAAAGAUUGGAGCUUAGAGGGGUUCAGGCCUACAGUGAACUACAAGGACUACCAGGGUUACACACUCUACCCACAGCAAUUGUCGACUACAGAGGAGUGCGCCUGUCAGCCCAGGGCUUGGCUCCUGGUUUGGAAGGCACUGAGCAGGAGGAAGGGACCACUCCUGUUUCACGGGGUUUGCUCUAUGGAAUAAAUGCCGGAUGCCAGGAGUCCCCCCAUCGCAGACGAAUGCUCGAGCUCUUGGCUCACUCUGCCAAAGCUCUUGCCUUGCAGAAACAUGUUGUCAUAGCACCCAAUGGUCAACGGGCAGCGCUUUUCACAUCAGUGGAUGCUCAGGGACUGCUGGGGGCUGAUGGGAGGAUAUACAUACUGGAUGUGUUCAGGACUUUCCCAGCUGAUGCCAACUACUGUCCAGAUGUGAACAAUGAGAUAAUUAGUGGAGAAGAGAAACCGAAAGAAAGCCGCAAUGGAGCCGAAGAAAAGAGUAGUGUAAAAGAAGGCUGGCCACUGAAUUAUCAGAAGGAUUGUGGGCUUCCAAGGAGUUUUCCACACAGUCUCUGCAGACUAAGGCCAGAGUUGAUGCAGGCUUUCAUCCAGCACAAACACACUCAGUUCACACAACUUGCCGGGGAGAAGUUGGAAGAGAAUGGAGGCUUUGAAGAAUGUGCAACAGCUUGUGACUCUCGGGCCACUGAAGCUGUAAGGGAUGCUUGUAAAGAGGUGGGCUCUCUCAGCGAAGUCAUCUUUGAGAUGCGACUGUGCCCCAAUCUGUUCUCACCAGGAGUUUCCUUCCCAAGUAGUGAGAGUGCAUCAGUAAAGUUGCAUGAAAGGUUACUGCGCGAAGCUGCGGCUUUCAUUGUCACCCACCAGAUACCAGCCUUUGUGGAUUAUUGCCUUCACAGCAACGAUAGCCCCAUGGACGGAGCUUCUCUAAAAGAGGCGCUACACCAGAGAGGCAUUAACCUGCGUUAUCUUGGUCAUGUGAUCAAAGCCAUAAACCAGUCAAAACACAAAGAUCGCCUCAGGCAUUUAUUGAGAUUGGCCACAGGUGAAAUUUUAAUGCGCUCAACAAGGAGAGUCUUCAACAGUUUUCUCCAGGGAGUGGACGUGCCUUGUCUAGCUACAGCUAUCAGUCACUUCCUGUGCUGCCUAUUUGUGCCUCAUCUCGCAGCCACCCCACUGGGAGAGGACACAAAAAAGAAGUCAAGGCGGCGUGGUCGAGGGCCCGGGGCCUCUGAGACCACGCCCUGGGGCACCCUCACCGCAGGCGAGCUGUGGAACCUGGUCUGUCAGGAUGCUGUCGAAACAUACAGCAUUUCUGAGAGUCUUGGUUCUGGUCUGAACCCACUGGUUGAACACUACAGCCUGCAAAAAAUAUCCCUGCUCAGAGAGUUCUGCUUGAAGACUGGAGUACAGCUGAGACUGAGGGACUACUUCCUUGAAAGCCACAGCAAAGCUCCAAUUGGCCCUGACGACAUCAUCAACAUCUUCCCUGUUGUCAAACACGUCCACAUGCCCACCACUGACGCUUCCAAAGCUUUCUAUGCCGGACAGGACUCCCUCCAGAAAGGUCUGUUGGAUCGCGCCUACGAACAACUAAAAGAUGCUGCGUAUCUGUUCGGGAGAGUGUGCGAUGACCUCCAUCGCGAGGCAUGUUACUGCCACAGCCUGUUGGCCAAGUUAGCUUUUCUGCAGGGGAAAUCCACUGAGGCACGUAGUGUCCAACUGAGAGCCGUGGUCAUAAGUGAGAGGGUGCUUGGAUUUGACCAUCCCCAUACAAUUUACCAAUAUGCCUUCUUAGCUGUGUAUGUUUAUGCUGGAGGGGAGACAAGCCUGGCUCGGAAGUGUCUGCUCAGAGCCCGCCUGCUCCUACUAACCAUCCAUGGAGAGGACCACCCAUACAUCGCCACGCUAGAUAGUUGUCUGGGGUUGCUGCUAACGGGUGACCAAGCAGGGCAGUACCUCAAAAAUGCCCUUCGACUCAACACUUCCUUCUUUGGCCCAAUAAAUCUGAACACUGCUCUCAUUCAGCACCUGGUGUCCCAGUGGCUGUGCAUCAAAGGCGACUACAGAGGUGCUAUGAGUCACGAGAAAGAAGCCCUUACUGCUUUUACAUCCCUGUUUGAUGAGAGUCACCCUCAGACAAAAUGCAGCAAAGAUUUUUUGUGCACAAUAACCAAGCAGGCAGUGCAGGUCGAACGUUCUCUCAGACAAGCUGGAGCGGAUGCGACAGAGCAAACAGUGGAGUGCCUAUUGCCGACAAGUGAGACUGUUCUGGAGCAGAUGGUUCUGAUCACAGGGAUCAAGAAGAUUGCAAUCAGUAACCGGUUCCAAGAGUUGAAGCAGAAACAUCAGGAGCUGAAGGCGGCAGUGGCAAAAGAGCUGAUGAGCAAAGCAGCUGACGAGUUCUUGGAGGUCAUGAAUGGCGAGAAGAAGGAGCAGCCAGCUCAAGAAACAGGAAGUGGGAAGGAAGUUCCCACUGAAGGAAGCCCGGCUGAGGAAACAACAAGCGAGUGCCAGCAAGAACAGUCGGUUGAAGAAACCUCAGCUGAGACUGCGGCUUCAGCGAUUGGUCACACAAUGAAGGCUGAAGAGAAAACAGAGCCCAAGAUGGAGAAUUGUGCUGAUGGUGAAUGCAUCACAGCCAAUGGCGUCAAGACCGACGAAGAGAUGCAUUGUGAUCAAACAAAUGAGAUGAAGUCAGGGUCAGCCCAGGUCACAGAGAGCCUCAAAAGUAAGGCGACUUGGGCGGAUAUUGUAGUCUCCAACACAACUGCGGUCAAUGGAGAGGUAAACAUAUCCAUCAAUGGAACAGAUCAAGAGUGAAAACAUCAAGUAGCCAAUGAGUGUAAGAUAAUGCUUUACUAUGGGUUGAUGCUGGGAGAAGUCUGUAUGGUCCAGUGCUGUUUUUCUUUCAAAAAUAAAGUUUUUACCAUAA